ACUUUAACACCAAACCGAUUCGAUUAUUUGGAUACGAUGGAAUGUGGUGACUGCGAGAAGGUAAACCAGGAAUGCAAAAUCGUAUCUUCUGGGUAUUACUGCCGUGAGCACGACGACAGUGACAAGCUCGAUGCCCGGCAAGGAGUCAAGGCGAAAUUGCGACAUCUAAGGAAAUGCAUGGGCCCUGAUCAUUUCUUUUUUAAUAAAGAGGGAAUUUCGGCGGCCUGCUGUUUCUGGACACAAGAAAUGGGAUGCCAGCAAGUCAAAAACAAGAUGCGCACAAAGCCUUGCUCUGAUUGUGCUACCUACCAUGAAAGAGGCUCUUUCCUGGAUCUUAAUCCAAUGGGCUGUCCAUGUGGGCCACAGGAAAAAAAUGGUGCAGAAAAUCCGCUUGAAUGCAUCUUUUUCAUUAUUAUUCUUCUUAUGAUGUGUACGAUAUUGUAUGGUAAUAUAUAA